UCUUAGUCCAAGUUUGGGAAACAAGGCUCUAAAUUUGGCAUUAAGUUACCAAUCAACUUUGAAACAAGAAGCUUCUCCGUGUCUUUUUCCCUUAAGAGUUCACGCAUUCUCUUCUUGGGUGGUUUCUGAUUCCAAGGUUGAACAUGUCUGGUGCUGUGGGAACUAUUUCCUCCACAAACUCUCAUUUGGAAGAAGAGCUUAAGAACAAAGAAACAAACAACAAAGUAGGUGGGGAGCCACACAAGCUUCCUCAUAGUGAUGGUGUCAACUCUGAUGAUGCUGAAGAAACUGAGCCAGAGGAAGAUGAUGACUCCAAGUUGGAAUGUGAAAGAGAAUUGGAUCUUGGCCCUCAAUUCACCCUCAAGGAACAGUUGGAGAAAGAUCAAGAUGAUCAAAGUUUGAGAAAAUGGAAGGAGCAACUUCUGGGAAGUGUUGAUAUGUCUGUGGUUGGAGGUGAAAGUAAAGAUCCGGAGGUGAAGAUGCUGAGCCUCACUGUUACAUGCCCUGACAGACCUGACCUCACCCUGCCAAUUCCGUUUACUAAUGAUCCUAAGAAAAGUCUCUUCAUCCUUAAGGAAGGAAGCAAAUGCCGUAUGAAAUUCACCUUCACUGUCUCCAACAACAUUGUUUCUGGUCUCAAGUACACAAAUGUUGUUUGGAAAACUGGUGUUAGAGUGGACAGUAGAAAAAAAAUGGUGGGAACCUUUAGCCCCCAGAAGGAACCAUACACAUAUGAAUUGGAAGAAGAAAGUAUCCCUUCUGGCAUGUUUGCUAGGGGAACCUAUGCUGCUAGAACCAAGUUUGUAGAUGAUGAUCGAAAAUGCUACUUGGAUGUGAAUUACUACUUUGAAAUUCAGAAGAAUUGGGCAACACCUCAAUAAGAUUUUAACUUGAGAAACUACUUGGAGAAUUAUCUUUCUCUGUCAUCCUGUGUCUUUCUGGACACAUUUGAACUCAACUUGUUUAUCAAAUCCAGUUAGCAACAUAGUUCACGUGCAUGCUAUAUGCUAGUGUUUCACCC